AUGGCAUCGCCGGAGCUGACAGCAGCGUUAGAAUCUGUGGCAGACAGUUCGGCUGCCGUCAAGACCCGGACCUACAAUGACCUACUCAAUCAAUUGACCAAUGCACCACCAGCGUCAGCUGUCGAACAUGCGGCAAACCUGAUGGUUUACAUUGACGCAGUCCUCUCCUCAUCCCUUGGAAUAAUCAAUAUUCGACCCAUUCUUGCGAGCAUCAUCAAGUCUCUCUCUUCUGUUCCUGCAGAGGUCAAAGUGAAGGUGGGAAAACAUAUUGCAGAUGCUCUGCAGUCACAACUGGCGUCCUAUGAAGAGCAGGAUGCAGCAGUCAGGGAAAUAUUGGCACAAGGAUACGAGGCAGAAGAAGAAUACACGGCUGCUGCCAAAGCCUUACAAGGCAUCCAUCUCGAUUCAACCCAACGUCAAGUAUCUGAUCGAUCGAAAGUGGAAACAUGGGUGAAGAUUGUGAGAUACUAUCUUGAAGACGACGACACGGUAUCCGCAGAGACGGCGCUGAACAAGAUCAAGAACUCGGCUGCAGCUGCACAAGUACUCAAGGAUUCGCCCGACUUGAGAUUGCUAUACCAACUUUCCCAGGCACGCAUCAUGGACUCACGCCGAGACUUUCUGAACGCUUCUGCCGAGUAUCUUAACGUCUCUUUCAACACGAUGACCGACGAAGACGAUCGACGACGAGCGUUGUCUGCUGCUAUCAAGACUGCGAUCCUUGCUCCUGCAGGUCCACACCGGAGUCGUACGUUGGCCAAACUCUACAAAGAUGAGAGAUCAACAGAAACUGAAGAGUAUGGGAUCUUGGAAAACAUGUUCUUGGAUCGGUUGUUGUCACCAGCCGACGUGGAAGCCUUUGCUUCGACAUUAGCACCACACCAGCUCGCCAAAACUGCAGAUGGUAGCACCGUCUUGAGCAAAGCUGUCACUGAACACAACUUGCUCGCGACCAGCCGACUUUACGAAAACAUUACUACCGCCGCUCUUGCCAAAAUCCUCGGGCUCAAAGAUAGCAAGGAUGAAACUGCGGCCGAAAAGGCCGAAGACUAUGCUGCUCGAAUGGUUGAGCAGGGAAGACUGAGAGGCGAGAUCGAUCAGAUUGCUGGUGUCAUUGUGUUUGAAACUGUCCCUGGAGUUGAGCUUCGUGGACCAACUCGACAUCUUCGCGAAUGGGAUUAUAAUGUCCAAGGCUUGGUCGAGGACGUGGAACGUUGUGCUGCUGCCUUGAGUGAAAGCUUCCCGGAGCUGGUCAUGGAACAGAUGGUGCAUUGA